GCCAACGCCCAUCUCCUCUUGGGCAUGUGCCUAGACACCUAUGCCCGCUACCUUCUGUUCUCCAAGCAGCCAUCACAGGCACAAAGGAUGUAUGAAGAAGCUUUACAGAUCUCUGAAGAAAUACUAGGAGAAAGACACCCACAGACCAUUGUGCUGCUGAGUGACCUGGCUACCACCCUGGAUGCACAGGGCCGCUCUGAUGAGGUCUGUGUUCACGCACAGAGGGCAUCAGACCUGACGAGACAGGUGGAGCACCCUGAGCUCCAAGUGCUGCUCAGUAAUCUGGCUGCAGCCCUGAUGCACAGAGAACGAUAUGCACAAGUGGAAGAGAUCUGCUAGGAAGCACUGAAGCGAGCAAAGCUGAAAAGAGAUGAGGUUUCUGCGCAGCACAUCAGGGAAGAGCUGGCUGAGAUGUCAAGAAAAAGGAGACCUUUGUUGUAGC